AUGCGUAAAAACAAAGUUCCACCGGAGAAUAUAAUUACCUUCGCCUACGACGAUAUUGCAAACAAUCCCAAUAAUCCGUUCAAGGGUAAAGUGUUCCAGGACGACGAGCUCGAUUAUGUCUACAAGGGUGUGGUAAUUGACUACCGUGGAGAAGAUGUCACAAAGAAUAAUUUCUUGAAGGUAUUAAAAGGCGAUAACAAACUUGAAGCCAACAAGAAGAAGGUGCUGAAAAGCGGUCAUUAUGACAACGUAUUCAUUUUCUACUCUGGCCACGGUGGGAACACCUUUGUCACAUUACCAGACGCAGAUAGUGACGUGAAAAAGCUUACCCUGGAACAACAGUACCAAGAGGUGAAAAAGAGGACAUCGAUGAGUCACGUGAUGAAAUACGGUGAAAUGGCGAUGGGAAGUCUACCAGUUGGAAAAUUCCAAGAUCAUUAUGAUCUACUGAUGAACCGGAAUGAUGGGCCGAUAGAAUCGAAUACUGCAGAUAGAAACCCCUCUUGCCUGGCGCAUUUGUUUUCAAAGUCUCGACGCUUGAUGGAGGGCGCAACUGGGGAAGAAGAUGAAACCGCUUGGCGAAGGCUGCACCGCGCGCUUCAGUAUAGGAAUCUAUUUGUGUGGUGGGGAAUAGUUAUCGAGUAUCCAUGGGA